AUGGCUCCGUCUGCAUGGGUGAUUGUCACGUGCGCGUCCAUUGCGAGUCUCAAUUGCGGGACCCUGUACUUCUUUGGCGCGUAUUCACCGCAGGUCGCGUCCCAGCUACGGUACACGGCCGCACAAACGUCGCGGAUCGCGAUAGCUGGACAGUCCGCCACGGUCCUGGCCGGCCCGCCAUGCGGACACGUUAUCGACGCGGUCGGGUUCACUGUCCCGGCGGUCUUGGGCACCCUGGCGAUCUGGCUGGGGUACUUCCUGUUCUACAAGCAGUACUCGUCUGCUGCCUCAAAUGUACCAUAUAGCUGCUUUUUAUUUGCUCUGAUCGGCGUGGGCAGCACUGGACUCAGCUCUGCGUGCGUGAAAAGCAGCAUGCUCGCGUGGCCUGCGCGCAAGGGCCUUGCCGUGGCGCUGCCGCUGGCAUGCUACGGCGCCAGCGGCAUCUUCUUUUCCAGGCUGGGGAGCUGGUUCACGCCGGGCGACACAGCCGAGUUCCUCAAGAUGGUGGCUAGUGUGACGUUUGGAAUCGGACUGCGUGGCGGCGGCCAUCGAGAUGCAGGCGCUGUCGUCGCCGCGGCCUGUGCUGCGCCACACAGAGAAGCCACACGCACUCUAUACUCCCGAGUUCUGGAUGGUCACAGCAGCGCUGGGACUGCUUGCCGGGAUCGGGCAGAUGUACAUCUACGGUCUCGGCAUGAUUGUGUGCUCGCUGUACGCGUUGCCGUCGCAGACGCAGCAGACUCUCGCCGCAUACGAUGUGGCGGUGCAGGAGCACCAGCACGCGCAGGUGAGUCUGCUCUCGCUGUGCUCGACGGGCGGGCGCCUGCUGGGCGGGCUGGUGGCGGACGAGUUCCACGCGCGCGUGCGGCGGUCGCGAACGUACCUGCUGCUCGUUCCCGCCACGCUGAUCGGCGCAGUCCAGGUUGGUGGCAUUUUUUCGCAAAACCUGCGUGCGCUCUCUUUUUUGUCUGUGGGGCUGGGGCUGGGGUACGGCUCGCUGUACACGCUGACACCGCUGGUGGUGAGCGACCUGUGGGGGAUGACAAGCUUCAGCACGAACUGGGGGCUGUGCAACCUGACUCCGGUGGUGACCAACCUCGUGCUGAGCACGCUGUUCGCCCGCAACUACGACCUGCAUACCGAAAAUCUGGAGAUAUCCGGGGAAGCGAGACGGCUGUGCAUGUCCGGAUACAGGUGCUACAACGGCGCGUUCUGGGGCACGCUGGUGCUGGCAGUGGUCGCGUGCGGGUUCCUUUGGGCGCUGGUGAGCCGGCAGACGCACUACACUCCGCUGCAAAAAGAGGAGACCGAAUAAAUAAUUUUUUUUAA